AUGAUCAUGGAGCGGCACUUCCACACGCCGACAAUGGAGGCCGUUUUCUGGCAGCGGCAUUGGCUGAACACGCGCCGAAAGCGGGGCAUCUGCUUGGAAGAAUCACGGGAUCUUCCGGAUCGGUCAGGAGAUGGCGAAACUCCCGUUCAAAAUGCGCCACAACUAGUGCAGGUCGACGAAAAUAGACCAGAGGCGGCCGACGAUAAAGAGUGUUCGCCCCCGGACGGUGGCACUGACGCGGCAGAUACGGGCGCGGCAGACGAGAACCGCCAGAACAGUAGUUGUAGGAAGAGG